CAGAUUAGUUUAUACCAUAGCUGACGAAUAAUGUGAGUUGUCAGUUCGCUUCCCAACUAACCGUUAUUUUCGUACUAAAUGGGAAUCAUAUCCUUAAAAAAAAAAACGAUAAGGCGAACGUCUUUCCUUUUUCUCGACGCACGCACGACAACCAAAACUCGCUUCUUAGAAAGACGAGUGUUCUACGUCUUUGUUUGUUUUUUUUGUUAUUUCGCAACACGUUUGCUACCGCGACAGCUGUUUUUGGGUUCCCUUUUCCAUAUGGGUGAGAGUUAUUUCAGGUGUAAAAUGCUCUGCAUCUUGUGGAGAAACUAGUUCUCUAAAAAAAAAUGGGUUAUUUUAUUUUCGUAGUUACUUGUGUACACAAAAACGUAACUGAGAAGGGUGUGACGAGUGGCAAUUAUGGUAAUGCGAGUCAGAUGAAUCAUUCAAAGCACUGGGAAGCCACUACCAUGCGAAACUUAAAACCAGUUUCAUCACGUUUUUCUUUGUCAGUUACCAUUGAGGAAUUCGAUGCAUUGCCGUAAAGGAAAACCACAAAACUUGAAUGACCUCAGAAAUUGUUAGAUAGGUUUUCUGUUCCAACUAAGAAACUCUUGUUGCUUUGCUAUCAAAAUAUUGGAAAGCAAUUUUUCUUCCUCGAUACCGGUUUCGUUGGUACGACUUCCGUCACGUUAUUGUUAAAUUUUCUUGGAAUUCUAGUGGUCACGUAACAAGCGUUGGGAGGUGUUUGUGUAGAUGGAACUCGGCAGUUACAUAGCUUCUCAAAAUUAUGGGUUGGGUGCUUCAAAAAGAAUUAGCCCACCUGGCUUUUGCGGGCCUCUCGUUGUUCUUUAGCCUUCCGAAUUCAAAAAAUUCAAAAAAAAAGUUGCGUGGCAAAUAACUUUAAAUAGAAAGAUUGAUUUUCUCGUACAGCGUUUGCGUGGUCUUUGCGCGCUUUGCAUGUCGUAAAAUUCUAUUUCGUUACGGGCCUUUAAACUACGUUUGGUGACAUCGGAAUUUGGUGGCAGUACAAUAUGCCGAAUUCAUCAACUGCUGCGACCAGUCACCCUCUACCUCAGGAAAGAUACGGUCAUGCUGCCUAGUCGAUUAAGAUGUUGGUGGUUUGCAUUGUUAAUGGUUGGGUCAAGUAAGGUCGUUUACAGCUCGAUUGAAUCGCACCACGACCCCGUUUUAUCUCGUGGACUACUAGACAAGUGGCUAACAAAAACAAAAAAUGGGGUUACGUUAUUUGAUCGCUUAACCAAAACUGCUGAACGCUCCUAUACCCCGCCGCAAGUAAUCAAGCAUCGGGGUUUUCCAGUUGAGAUUCAUCAUGUAACGACAGAAGAUGGAUAUAUUCUGGAGCUUCAUCGAAUUCCUUCAAGAACUCCAAAGAAAGUGGUGUUUCUUCAACAUGGAGUUUUACAAUCUUCUGGAACAUGGCUGGUGAAUCCUUCUAGUCGCUCCCUCGCAUUUUUAUUAGCAGGACUAUCGUACGACGUGUGGCUGGGUAAUUUUCGUGGAAACAGAUUUUCUAGGAAACAUACAACCCUUAGUCCCGAUGAAGCCGAAUAUUGGAAAUUCAGCUGGGACGAAAUAGGAAAUUACGACAUUCCGUCCGUCAUUCGUUACAUAUUAAUGGAGACAGGUCAGUCAAAAUUGACUUAUAUAGGACAUUCAUUGGGAUGCGGUGUGUUUUUUAUCGCCAUGCUCAAACACCCAGAACUUAACGCAAGGAUUGAAAUCAUGGUAGCUCUUGCGCCGCUUUCUUCCUUUGCGUAUAUUACCACCGACUUUUUUCGCUUUUGGGCGCCAUUUACUGAUCGCAUAGAGGAUGCUCUUAAGUUUGUCGGAGUUCAUGGAGGGCUAGACAGUGAGGGCUUCGGCGAUCGCUUUUUUAAAUUGGUUUGCGAGCAGUCUUACAUCCAAGCACACUAUUGCAGAAACUGGUUUCGUUCAGUAGUUGGACCCAGUGAGAAUUUAGAUCCAGCUAUGAUUCCGCUGUUUAACGUGAAUUUUCUUCGCGGAACAUCAGUGAGUGUUAUAGCUCAGUUUGCGCAAAAUUACAAUGCAGGUAAUGUUUUUCAAGCUUAUGACUUCGGGCGAAGGGGUAACUUGUUACGGUAUGGAUCCGUCAAACCGCACGAAUAUGAUCUUGCCAAAAUCACAGCUCCGGUGUACGUCUUUUCUGGAGGAAGCGAUCACAUAGUGACCCCAUCGGACGUGGAUUGGCUUUUGUCUAAACUUAAAAACUUGAAUGGAUCUAACCGUAUUAGCGAUUACAGUCAUUUGGAUUUCAUUUGGGUAUCAAAACUUUUUAGAUGUUACGGAACUAAAAACGUUUACAACAUUUUCAAUAGGGAAUAGAUGCCAAAGAAAGGCUGUAUGAGAAAGUCAUCGCUCUUCUACCGCCACCUUAGGUUAAUACGCUGUGACAGCGUGUAGGUGCUUACUGAAAAAGAUUUUAAAAAAGAAAACUUUCUCAGAAAAAUGGUCGGCCGUUUUUUUCACUCAUACUGCAUCCUGCCCCCAGACAAAGCUGUUUUCAUUUCUCGCCGCGUACCUUUUAGAAGGACAAUACAGUGUUACUAAUCACGGCUGUCGACUUCACGUUUGCGCCACUCCAGGGUCAUCGAUUUGCCUGCAAUUUUAUUAUAUUUCUAUAUUUAUUUUAUUUUACAUUUGAUUUCAAAUCUACAGUCC